UUGAACCAAUUAUAAAAGCAAAAAAGUACUAUAAAUUUGAAUAUUUUAAAUAUUAGAUUUAAGAGACAGUAUAGGGAAAGACUGCAACAUAACAGUUUUUUACAGUACCAACUUUCUAAUAUUAAAAAAAAAAUUCUAAUAUUAGCAAUUUUCUCUAAAUAUAUUAUUUUUUGUAAAAUCAUUUCAAUCCAUUUAUAUAUUUAUAUAUUUAUUCAUUUAAACUCUAGAAGCUGAAUUUUACUAUAGUGCAUUUUAUAAUUAAAAAUACUACCGAAUUUAAAUUUUUAAAGUUUUUCGAUUUUCGAAAGAUAUAUAAUUCAAAAUGCUCUACAAUUUUAAGAAUUGAAAAUUGAACUUCUAUUAUUAGUAAAUUUUUCUUCUUUUUAGUAGUUAAAGGAAGAUAAAAAAAAAUCAAUUUCCAAAUUCAUAAUUAUGCAGAUGUAAGGCUAUAUAGCAUAAAUAAAAAUAAAACUAUAAUUCCGGUUUAAUCAGCUUCGAUCAAACAGCUUUCACCGGAGGCUUUUAGUAGAUUUAGUAAUGGGCUCAUUAGAAGGCCAAGCUUCAAUAUAGAAAAGCCCAUCAAAAGGGAGAUAUUUCUCUCUCACACAAAAAAUUCAAAAAAUAAAAGAGAGCUCAGAUCAUACCGCCACUAUAAGAAAAAACGCAGAGAAAACUUGCUUCAGAAGUUCAAAAUCGAAGAUGACUGAGUUCCCUUCUUCGAUCGAGAUAGAAGUCGCGUCGUCUCUCCUCCUCCUCCUCUCCUCCGAUCCAAUCGUCUUCUCUUCACCAAGGUACGCUUAUGAGUUUCGAAUCGCCGAAACGCUUCAAAAUCUAACUUACGCCCUUCGUUGAUUCUCAAAAUCGCAUUCGCAGUAGUCACAGAUCUGGAUCUGAGGAGGAGAAUCGCUCGCUGUGUGGCGAAAUCCAUGGUCAAGUAAGCAUGAGCUUGGUGUCUAAGAGAUCGUGCGAUUCGGCUAUCUCCAACAGUGGCUCGUCGUAUCGGAAGCGCUCUGAGGACGACUUCAUGAACUUCAAGAUUGCUAGAAAACGCCGCACGAAUGUGGUUUACAGCUCUGUUGAUUCGAAGAAUCUAGAGAUUGAUGAUCUCUCCAAGGAGGAGUCUUGCUUGUCUACAGGCUCCAACGAGGUUUCAAGCACGGAGAGCAGGAUCAUAGCCGCGAGCUGUGAGAAACCACAUAGAGAUUCAAAGAAGAAAGAGAGUCACAGGUCGAGUUCCAUUAGACGUAAGGCUGGAAAGAUCUUGGAGUUUCUUGACACCAGCGCCUCUUCUGAAGUUAAGAUCCGUCAAGUGCUUGGAGAUAACGCAGAUACAAGCAAAGCUCUCAGAAUGCUGGUGAAGAUUGGUUAUGUGAAGAGGUCUGGAGCAGGAGGAAAGCAUCAGCCCUUUAUUUACAAGAUUGCAUGACGAAACUAAACUAGUGCUUGAGGCAAGUCAGACUUUAUCCUCCUCCUCCUCCUCCGAUCUUCUGUUUAUACACGGUAUGAGUUCAUCCUCUUGAUGCUUGGUUACUAUAUGAAAACUAUAAUGGACAUAUAUACAUAUAUUAUAUACAUAUAUAUGGUCUAAACGUAUGUAUAGAAUGCUUAAGCACUUACAUGAACUGAGAAGGGUGGCUUACAUUGCCUCUGCAUCAUUCCAUCUCAGUUCAUGAAACUUAAAAGAAUGUGCUUUCUUUCAUAGUCAUAAUAAUGUCUCCAUUGACAAUAUAUAAAACUACCGUCUUUGUUCUUCCUAAUCUCUGCUCUUGUCGACAAAGGCUAGGAUCUUUAGUCAUCAAAGUUUACUCUUGGCUUUUAUGAAACUCUCUUUCUAGCAAUUGAUGUCAAAUUAAGGUCUUACAACCAGACAUGAUAAAGGAAAAAAAAAGGAAGCAAUAGUUUUCUUCUGUAUAAUGAAAUGAGAUUAAGUCCUCAAGAGUUUGAGUUGUCCGCAUCCCCUGAACGACCUGUGAAGAGGCUGGGAGUUUCUGAAACCCACAAUGUCUUCGAUUUCAACAGAUGGUGAAGGGACUACAUUUUUAUCGCUUGCCUUUUCUUUCAAAUGCUGACUCCCAUCCCAUAUACACACUCUUAUGCUCAACGAUUUCUACCGUGCUGCUCCAAUCUUGAUGUAUUCCUCGAAGAAAUCUAUUAACUCCUGCUUCUGAAGCUACCUUAGUGCCGCAAC